AUGGGCGGGGCGUUCUCGUUCACGUGCGCCCUGAGGAUGGACGGCAUCGGCAGCUGGAGCCGCGUGUUCGACUUACCCCUCGUAGCCGACGAGGACAGCCGUCGGGCUGACGCGCGACCUGCUGCAUUUCACAGUCUUCGGGAGAAAAAGCCGUUCAGCGUGACCGUGAGCAAUUCCUUCGAGCUCGGAGAAGAGGUUACCAUGCUGUGCACGGUCUCGCCUUCGGAGCACAUGCGGGUCUUCAAGGACAGUGCGCUCGUAGGGGAGAACGCAGAGGGCAUGGCCCCUCUGCGACAGGACAGGCCGCGUAUGAUCGUGGGCGGCCACUACCUGUACACCGACCAGACCUUCAACAGAAGCCUCAGAGACGUGAAGAUGUGGAACCGAGAGUUGGAGUGGCCAAUGCUGGGGAAUGCCGAGUCAUCGCUCGUGCCGAAGGAGGGCGGAUGGUUUCCCGACGACGUCGAUACCGUGCUCCUCUCCACCCGCAAAGGCAAGGAUGUGUCGAUCGUGGGCCUCGUCGAGUCCUUCGAUGGCGAGUCCUUCGAUGGCGAGUCCACCGAUGCCGACUCCCUCGAUGGCGAGUCCCUCGUUUCCGACGGUGGUGGAGCGUGCAGUUGA